UUUCUUUUUCCCAUCAUGAUGUGAACAAUAGGAAAUCGAGUCCUACGCUCUGACAACCCAAGUCACCUUACACACAAGUCAAGUGACAACGAGUGUUCUUUCCUCUCACGACACGUUAGCUAUGAAUCUCUUCCCCAAGCACGAGUUGCAACCCAUCAAAGUUGAUGAAGAUGGAGCAUGGAACUUCUUCGACGGAGCUCUGAAGACCUAUUUUAUCGGUUCAGACGGGACUGGGAACUUCACGUCACGCCAGGUUUUCAAGCAUUCGAACCCUCAUACGGGAGCUGGAAGAGGGUCUACCGCAACCCCUCCGUACCACUGGCAUAUCUAUCAAACUGAGACAUUUGACGUCAAAUCCGGCGUUCUUUGUUACGACCUGGAUGGUAAUCAAGGCAAACUUCAAGCCGGGGAGUCGGUUACUAUCACUCCUGGGCGUUACCAUACUUUUUGGUCCGACCCAGAGGCAGGCAAAAACCUAGAUGUACACAUCACUGUCCACGGGGGACCUAAUCCUGGGUUCGACGAGACAUUCGUGCAUAACUUCUACGGCUACCUAUCCUCUGUAACCAUGCAAGGACUGAAGCCAAGCAUCUUCCAGAUGCUCGCCUUCAUGGACCACGCGGAUGUCGUACUGGUUGAUUUCCCUCUCCAGUCUGGCCGUUUGGCUAAUCUGGUUCUUGGACGGUGGAUUGGGAGGUAUAUUGGAGGGUAUGAUGUCGAGUAUAAGGUUUUUGGCGAGAAAGCAGCGUGAUUCGGUGGAUGACAGUCUAUGUAAAUUUGUGUCUGUGCGAGUUUCUCUCUUGUUAAGAAAACGAUUUCUGUCCAUCGGUGCUACAACACUUGGAUCAAUGAUUCCAGGCGCAGACAGAAACGCGUCGUGGAUGAUAUAAGACAGACGUCCGGAAAUGGACAUCGUCU